AUGGGAGGCUUUGAGGGUCAUCUGUACCCAGGGCUGUCUUUCUUCUUCUAUGGACUUUAUCAUGCACAACUUGUCUCCAGAGCCUUGAUAUGCAAUGCCCCUGUCCAGUAUCCACCACGCCAUCCCUGGAGCAAAGGAAGAUGGGCAAGGCUAUGGCAAAUAUACUACAUUGGGUUGCUGAAGAUACUGAGUGCCUGCAUUUUAGUAGCCCAAGAAUUGCACAGCAUUCCUAGACAGUUUGUACUUAUCAGCAAGAUGUAUCAUCAGAGGAACUUUAUGUUCCGCAAACAGUGGCAGCAUCUCACUCUCUAUAUGACUUUCUUGCUGAGUGGGUGUGUAGACAUGGUGAGCCAGAACCUGCUGCCUAAGAGAUGUGCUGCUCUGGAGCAAGGUGCCCAAGCUCUGGGCAUGUUCAUAUUUCUGCCCCUGAUGGUGUCUCACCUGCAGGACACAGAAGGAGUGGAGCUUCAGUCUCAUGUGCUGCUCACCCAGGCCAUGUUCCUGCUGACUCUGGUGGUGACCGCAGAGCUGUGGGCUCCCAACAUGCUGCUGCUCUGGACCAUGAAGGCCUUUUUGUAUAUGAUCACAGGCUCUUGGCUGAUGCACAUAGGCUUUAUGCUGUUCAAACCAAUCUCUGGCUAUCAAUGGAUGGAUGAUGACAGAAAUGACAUUAUGUUUGUCACCACCUUCUUCUGCUGGCAUGUGAUCUUCAGUGCCAUUUUGAUGAUCUGGAUCUAUGGCUUCUCCUUUUGGUGGUAUUGCUACAUUUUUGUUAAGGCCUGA